CGGAACGCUUUCCUUGAAGCAAUGUUUGUCGUGGGAUUGUAUGUAAAUAGCUUUAGUAGAUAUGACAAGUAUCCCUGUUUUCUAAUGCAUAAAAUAAAAAGAUCUUUAGGCUUUCUUGAUAUCUAAACUCCAAUAUUUCAGAAUAUUUUCCUUGCAGUUACUUUUUCUUUUCAGUUACUUGAUUCUUUAUUUAUGUUUAGUUUCAUAAUAAAUGACAUGAAAGUUGUAACGUUUUCUAAAAUUGCCAUUAUCUUCAGUUUUGUUUCGGUUUAACAAUUCAUUAAUAGGCUAAUUAAAAUCGUCUCCAAUAAAUAGUAGUUACUCUUGUUGGUUUCUAUGUUAUCUGUUAUAGAAUUCAGACUAUCCUUAAUUACGUAUACAUAAAAUUUCUUAUUUUGUUUAUCUAAUAUCAACUAACCUUACACUGUUUAUGUUCAUAAAAUUCUUCUUUUUAUUUUGUGAAAGGGAUCAAAAUAGUUUUUUUUAAUUCAAUAUCAAGAGAAAUCAAUCUUCGCAUAGUUACUUUUACAACUUUUUUAGAGAUAAAUUAUCACUUAAUCUAUUUUUAGCCUCAAUUUUACUCAAAUUUGAUCAGGGUUUGUUUUCUAAAAAGGAUGUUUGAUGAUGGAUUUGAAGGAAAGAAUAUUUUGCCUUCUCUCUUUUGCAAUUUCCAUUUUACUUGGUCUUUUUUUCCCUUCAUCUGUUGAUUCACUGUGCAAUAAAAAUUUAGUAAUUAUAAAUUUUGGAGAUUCAAAUUCUGAUACAGGUGGCUAUGUUAUAGUACGUGGCAUGAUCGGACAACUUCCAAAAGCACGCACCUUUAAUCAUGAUUUAGCUGGUCGAAUGUGUGAUGGCAGAUUAAUUAUUGAUUUUCUAUGUGAAAGUGUGGGAAAUGAGUAUUUAACUCCAUUUAUGGAGUCAAUAGGCACAAACUUCAAAAAUGGUGUUAAUUUUGCUAUUGCUGGUUCUAAAACUCUUCCAAGAUUAGUUUCUUUCAAUUUGCCAAUCCAAAUUGCCCAAUUCCAUCGGUUUCAAUCUCUUUCUCUUGAGUUAUUUGACAAAGGUGAUGGAAAUUUGCUAGGAGAUGAAGAUUUAAGGAAUGCACUUUACACAAUUGAUAUUGGACAAAAUGAUUUGGAUGGAAUAUUUGGUGGUCUCUCAUAUGAAAAAGCUAGCCUCAAAAUUCCUGAUAUCAUUUCUGAAAUUGAAAAUGCUAUAAAGGCAAUUUAUGAACAAGGUGGAAAGUAUUUUUGGGUACACAAUACAGGGCCAUUAGGGUGCUUGCCUAAAUCACUUGCAACUUAUAAGAAAUAUGAGAAUGAUUAUGAUGAGCAUGGAUGCUUAGUUUCUCUAAAUAAAGGUGCAAAAAUAUUCAAUGACAAACUUCAACUCCUUUGUGAAAAAUUAAGAGAUGAAUUGAAGAAUAUCACCAUUGUGUAUGUUGAUAUCUUCUCCAUCAAAUAUGAUCUCAUUGCCAACGCUUCUAGUUAUGGGUUUGUGAAUCCAUUGAUGGCGUGUUGUGGAUAUGGAGGGCAACCAUACAACUUUGAAUCAAACAACAAAUGUGGGCAAGGAAAUUACACAAUCUGUGAGGAUAGAUCCAAGUACAUUAGCUGGGAUGGUGCUCACUAUACAGAAGCAGCUAAUGGAUUUGUUGCCUCCAAAAUACUUUCAACACACUACUCUACACCUCCACUUAAGUUCAAUAAUUUUUGCAACAUCGCACCUUGAUAUGGUACUAAAGACACCUUGUUAAUCAAUGAGAUAGUACAGUUUUGUUCUGGUUAAAAAUCUAGGGUGAAGAUUUUAUGGUCCAUGACAGAUGUUCUUUUAGUUAUAUGACUCUUUUCAUAGGAGAUCAGAAAAAUAAAACACUGUGAA